CUUUUCCCGGACUCCCUCGCUUUCUUUCUCUUUAUCGAAGGCCGGGGCAGACUCUCCCGCAACAGAAGAAAAGAAGAAUAAAAAGGGAAAGAGAGAGAAUCGGAGAGGGAGAAGAGAGAGAAAGUGGGAGGGGGGGAGAGAGAGAAAUCGAAAGGUUCACUUCUAACGUCAAUGGCGGUUAGGGUUUUCAGCUGAUUCGCGAAGCUCAAUACUUUGCUACUUUCGUACACGUCCUCUCUCUCUUCGCCUAUCUUCCUUCGGUUCUUCGAACCCUAAUUCGGGCGCCUUGCUGGUUUGAUUGCGACUCCGCUUUCAGUAUCGGGGUUGGUUUCACCUUUCGUGCCCUGGAAGUGGAACCUAGAUGGGCGCGCAAGAUAAAUCCCAAGCGAGCUCCAAUUCGCUGCAGAGGGUUAAGGUCUAUCGCCUGAAUGAUGAUGGGAAAUGGGAUGACCAGGGAACUGGGCAUGUCAGUGUUGACUACUUGGAGAGAUCAGAAGAGCUUGGUUUGUUUGUAAUUGACGAAGAAGACAAUGAAACACUUCUCUUACACCGGAUCAUGCCAGAUGACAUUUACAGAAAGCAAGAAGAUACAAUAAUUUCUUGGAGAGAUCCUGAGUAUUCGACGGAAAUAGCCCUAAGCUUUCAAGAGACUGCUGGGUGCUCAUACAUAUGGGAUCAUAUAUGUAGUGUGCAGCGAAGCCUUCAGUUUAACAAUCUCAAUAGUGAGACAUUUCACAGCAUGAACAGCGAGCUACGGGAAUUGCCUGCUGUUGAACUGUCCACACUUCCUUUGAUACUCAAGACAGUCUCUGAGAGUGGCAUUGCGGAUCAGAUGAGGUUGCAAGAACUUAUACUGAAUGAACCAGAGUUUUUCCGCAAGUUGAUGGAUCUUUUCCGGAUAUGUGAAGACUUGGAAAAUACGGACGGUCUUCACAUGAUUUUCAAAAUAGUGAAAGGGAUCAUUUUGCUCAAUAGUCCUCAAAUUUUUGAAAAGAUAUUCGGAGAUGAGUUUAUCAUGGAUAUCAUUGGUGCUCUUGAGUAUGACCCUGACGUUCCUCGUGUUCAACAUCAUCGUGAUUUCCUGAAAGAACAUGUUGUGUUUAAGGAGGCCAUUCCAAUUAAAGACACUGCUGUGCUGUCAAAGAUACAUCAGACAUACCGAAUUGGUUAUUUAAAGGAUGUUGUUUUGCCCAGAAUAUUGGAUGAGGGAACUGUUGCAAAUCUAAAUUCCAUAAUCCAUGGAAAUAAUGCUAUUGUGGUGUCGUUGUUAAAGGAUGAUGGUACGUUUAUUCAUGAAUUAUUUGCAAGGUUGAAGUCACCAAGCACAUCUGCAGAAUCAAAGAAAAAUCUGGUGUACUUCUUGCACGAGUUUUGCAGUUUAAGCAAGAGCUUGCAAAUGGUCCAGCAGCUCCGGUUGUUUAGGGAUCUUGUCAACGAGGGUCUCUUUGAUGUUGUCACUGAUGCUUUGCAGAAUGAGGACAAGAAACUUGUACUAACUGGGACAGAUAUCCUCAUUCUUUUCCUGAAUCAGGAUCCAAACCUUUUGCGAUCUUAUGUUGUUAGGCAAGAAGGCAUUACGCUUCUUGGUUUAUUGGUUAAAGGAAUGCUAACAGAUUUUGGAGAGGAUAUGCAUUGCCAAUUUCUCGAGAUUCUUAGGAGUUUGUUAGAUUCGUAUGCACUAUCUGGAGCUCAGAGAGAUAAUAUAAUUGAGAUUUUCUAUGAGAAGCACUUGGUCCAGUUGAUUGACGUGAUAACUGAAUCAUGUCCUGCUUGUGGCACUUCUGAAUCCGGGGGCACAUCUUCAGUAGAAGUUGGGAAACAAAAUGGCGUGAAGCCAGAGAUACUCUCCAGCAUAUGUGAAUUGCUAUGCUUUUGUGUUCUUCACCAUCCAUAUAGGAUAAAGUGUAACUUUCUUCUUAAUAACGUUAUAGAUAAAGUUUUGUUUCUAACUCGGAGGAAGGAAAAAUACCUAGUAGUAGCUGCUAUUCGGUUUAUCCGGACCAUUCUUUCUCGGCAUGAUGAGCACCUGAUAAAUCAUUUUGUCAAGAACAACCUUCUCAAGCCAAUUGUUGAUGUUUUUGCAAGCAACGGAAAUCGUUAUAAUCUUCUGAACUCGGCAGUUUUGGAGCUUUUUGAGUAUAUCCGUAAGGAGAACUUGAAACUAUUGGUCAAGUACAUAGUCGAUUCAUUCUGGAAUGAGUUGGUAAACUUUGAGCACUUGACCUCCAUUCAGUCUCUGAAAGUCAAAUAUGAGCAGUACCUAGAGAAUUCUGGGACGAGGAACACUGGUAGUAUCUCAGACCCGAGGAAAAGGGGGGAUGAGCGUGCUUUAGAAAAAGAAGAGGAAGAUUACUUUAACGAGGACAGUGAGGAAGAGGACACUGCAUCUGCAUCACAGACGACAAAAAGAGCACAAAGGCAACAACCGUCACUGUCCAAUGGCAUUGCUGCAAGGCACCCAGCCUCAAGUCCAAGACCUGGUGCUGGACUCGUUGACUAUGAGGAUGACGAGGAUGACGAGGACUACAGACCGCCACCCCGAAAGCAACCUGAAACAUCCGAGGAGGAUGAAGGGAUGAUGGAGUCUCUCAGGUUGAAGCGUAAGUUGCCGCCUUCAAAGGAGAGGGAUCCAGCCGAGGUAUCAAAGAAGCAGCGUUUGAGCAAGACCUCCAAGACUAGGGAUAGUGUAUUUGCUGUUUUGUGCUCGACCCUCAGUCAGGCAGUGCUACCCGGGAAGAAGAGCACUACAGAUACUGUUCGUAAGGCUGCAGCCCCCGCUGCAGCUGCCUCCCCACGUACUUCAGAUGGGACCAUCGAAGGUGAUAAUCAAAGCACUGAGCCGUCUCCUGUUUCUAGAGGGUGCCCUCCAGGUAGUAAGAGCAAUAGUGACUUGGUUGAGGAAAAUGAGAAUGAGAAGGAAGUUAUUGGGGUGUCCAGAAGCUGUUCGGCUGACUGUGUGAGCAGCAGUCCAUCGGAAGGUAGUAGGCAGUUAAACGGGGAGGAUGCCCCGCUGAUACCUCCAAAGUCAUCACCGGAAAUGGCCGGUAAUGGAUCUUGAAAGCGCCAUUUGGGAUUUCUAGAUGUUUUAACUCCCUGUCUUGUUGUGUAUUUUAUAGACUGAUGGCGGAGGGCUGUGGCACAUAUCAUUUACAGGCUAGUAAACUUAACCCUAAAGGGCGAGGGGCUUCGAUGGCUUUCAUCCAUGGCCGGGAGGGGGAGAGUGAGUUUGUAUAGCUGCCUGAAGGUUAUUAGCGUACGAGCAUGGUGGAAACCUUAGGCCUCUGGAAAAUUCCCCUUCCAACUGCUGCUGGCCCUGCUUGCUGUCUCUCCGAUCGAUUGUUUGUUGCUUUUAUGAACACGAUCUACUUGGUGGAUUUUUCUUUUCGUGCUCGUUCCUUGAAAUAGCUUUAGUUGGUUUUACUCCAAUCCGUUGUUUUAAGCCUUGUUGGUUCUAGGGUAGAAUGUGGGAAAGCAGAGGGCAUGUAAAAAAACUGUAUGCCUGUGUUUUCUUUUCUGUUUCUUGUUCAGUUUUGUGACGGGGAGGGGUUUUGAUUUGUACUGUAUACUACAAAACGAGGAACAAGGCUUUCUAGCGAGCUGAGUUGGGUUGGGGGUAGAAACAGAGGCCAGGCCGUGUUUUUUUCUCAGUUGUAGCAGAAUGUUGGAACACAGAAUCAGUCAAGUGUUACUGUAAAUGUGAAAUAACUCUUAAUUUGCAGUAAUAGGCCGAGAAAUCUCCCUUGUUAUCUUCAGACCAACAAAUACGGUUUGUGUUUUGCUUCUCAUAGGUUCACAGAUCACAAUGUAAAUGUCAAAGCAUUUCGAGCUGACGUUGAAGCUUUCCAUUGAUAGACAACGUUUCGUAUUAGAAAAGACAGAGUCGAGAUCUUCAAGUUGAAAACCAGCGGUG